GUCAAGGUUGCUUGGACAUGGAUAAGAACUGUCAAGACUGGAUCACAUCACAAGCCUCACUCUGCCAGACCACUGACUACAUUAUCAAAACGUGCCCCAGAUCGUGUGGAUUUUGUCGUGGGACAGUUCAACCAACAUGGUGGGAAAGCAAUUUUUCCCACAAUACCCAAAUUUACAUAUGGCGAACAAGUUGAAAUUUCGCUUCCAGACGAACACAUGGUCGGCCUCAGAGCGCUCAAUUACACGUUCGUUCCUUCCAAUGAUUUACUGUUGUGA